AUGGGGGCUCAUGGACAAGUGAUCGCGCGUUCUCUUUUUCGCAAUGGUGUAAAAUGUCAGGACAUAGAAGCAAAGACAGAGCAAGCCCAGCCUGGACGUGUAGCUGUAGGCGUGCUGCGCCUAGCAGCCUUCAUGUGGACACCCUGGCUAAUGGCAGGUGAAGAGGAAAGUGAUGAUGACGAAGAUGCCAUUGGCCGUGAGUUCACCUUGUGGGCUGCUCCACGUUGGCACCUGCUUCGUGAGCUUUUCAUGGAUGAGGAUCUCAAUCACACAGCCUUGGGUGUGUCCGUGGAGAAGCGCAGCUUCUUUGGAGCUGGGGGUGACAUUGCCGGCAUCAGGUUGAGGGCCUGGCGAUUGGAUUUGGACCUCGACGACAACGGAACAGUGACCUUUGUGGAGUUUUCGAAUCAAUGUCGACGGCUCGGGUUUCAGGGCAGAGUCCGUCAGAUCUGGACAUCGCUGCGGCCGCUGGAUGACAGAGCCCUGGAGUUUGCUGAGCUAGCUCCGGAUGAAUCCGAGCAUGUUGAGAAAUUUGCGGACCUCAUUUGGAAUGUCUCUGGAUAUGACCUAGACAAGGCAUGGGGAUUGUUCGACUACGACAAGAAGAACAAGCUAACCAAGGCAGAUUUUGUCCAAAGUGCGGAGCAUUUGGGCUUCACAGGAAAUGCAGAGAUGAUUUUUCAAGGCCUGGACCGUGAGGGUUUGGGCUGGGUUUGGCGAGCUGAUUUCGAAUACAUCCCCAAGGUGUCUCGCAAUGCUCGUCUAAGACUGAAAGAGACAGAAGGCCAGACCGCCAGCCUGGUGAGCUUUGCUCGCUAUCAGAUUGGCAGCUGCGAGGAAUUGAUCACAAUGCUUGGUCUUGGUGGUGGGACUUCUGAGGUGACUGUCUGCGAUUUGGCUGCCAGAUUGACCGCUCUCGGCUUCGAUGGGGAUGCGCAACACGCCGCUGUUCUUGCGGCUAGGUGUGAUCGUGGCAUUGGAACCAAGAUCUCCGCACAGAAGCUGCUCAAAGUGCUGACAUCCAAUGCCAAAGGGACAAACGUAGACCAAGGAGGCCCUAAAGCCUAA